ACCUCCAAUUACAUAUAUGCCCCCGCUUCCACAUCCUUCGUCCCUUUCGGUUCUCUUCCGGAGGCGCAGGGCGUAGCGGUGCUUCCCCAAAUACGCAUCUCCUGUCUCGAAUCCACUCCUCUUCUUCUGCAAAUCGAGGGGUUGGGAGGAUCGGAGGGGGCGAGAUAUGUAUAGGGCUGGGAACGGGUCGAAGUUGGAGAACGGACCGUUAGAUCGGAAGCGGAUCAACGAUGUGCUCGACAAGCACCUGGAGAAGGCCUCGCCGUCAACCUCCAGGGGUUUGAUUGGGAAGGACAAGGAUAGGCUCACCGUGCCCCCUUCAGCCUCUAUGAAGCAGCCGGAGCACCGUUCCUUGUCCAAGAACAAGGCUUCGGAUGAAGAGUCAGAAACAGAUAGUGAAGAGUCUGACGUCAGUGGUUCUGAUGGGGAAGACACCUCUUGGAUUUCAUGGUUCUGCAAUCUAAGAGGGAAUGAGUUUUUCUGUGAAGUUGAUGAUGAAUACAUUCAAGAUGAUUUCAACCUGUGUGGACUAAGCAGUCAAGUUCCUUAUUAUGAUUAUGCUCUUGAUCUGAUCUUGGAUGUAGAGUCUUCCCACGGAGACACUUUCACUGAAGAACAAAAUGAGUUAGUUGAAUCGGCAGCAGAGAUGCUUUAUGGUUUGAUACAUGUUCGAUAUAUACUAACUAGUAAAGGGAUGGCUGCUAUGCUAGAGAAAUACAAGAACUAUGAUUUUGGAAGAUGUCCUCGAGUUUACUGUUGUGGCCAACCUUGUCUUCCGGUCGGGCAAUCAGAUAUUCCUCGAUCAAGCACUGUGAAGAUUUAUUGUCCCAAAUGCGAAGAUAUAUACUAUCCAAGAUCAAAGUACCAAGGCAAUAUCGAUGGAGCUUACUUCGGGACAACAUUCCCUCACCUGUUUCUGAUGACAUAUGGGCACCUCAAGCCGCAGAAGCCAUCACAGCGGUAUGUUCCGAGGGUGUUUGGCUUUAAACUUCACAAACCAUGACAGAAGUAAAGCUAUCGCCGAACACAGGGAGGGAUUUCAGAAUGAAGCAAGCAUAGACCAUUCUUAAUGACUGAAAAAAUAUCAGCUAAAUUCUAGGGUUGUCUCAUGUAGGCAUCAUGCUGAGAUCUCACUAAAACUAUUGAACUGUAUUAUCCUGUGAUUGGUUUUUUUUCCUUAUGAUUUAACUUGCGAGGUUUAGCCAUUAUAUUGUAAAGCAGUAUCUUGGCUCUAUGAACACUGGCCAUCCCCUAGUGUAAUUUUGGAGAUUUAUGUUAAAAAUCUAGAGGGUGUUUUUUGUUUGGUCA